UAAGUCUAAAUUGAUUGUGAUCAAUAUUUUUUAAAAAAAAUUGCAUGUUGUAGUAUAUAUAUAUUAUUUAAAUAUGCCUGAUACGGUAAUGAGCCAAGAAAUUGCUAAUGUAGAUUUAUCGAAGAUCGCUGCAUUACAACAAAAACGUACUUUAGCAUUCGUUAAUCAUUUUGUUAUAACAACAGUACAGUUUUUGAACAAUUUCGCUAAGAAAUGUGAACAGAAGAUGAUGCUAUUUGAAAGGAAACUGGAGAAAAUUAAUGCUACUAUGGUCUUGUUGGAAACAAGGUUAUCUUCAAUCCCUGAAGUAAACACUGAAACAGACGCUGCAAAGCCUCAAGAGCCUGUAACUGAACAACCAACAGAAAUAAAUGAAGCUAAUAGUGAACAGAUAAAUGCAGCUAAUGAGAACAUUCCAGAAAAUUCAAAUACUGCAGAAAAAAUUAAGCCAGAGUAUGAACGAUUCGUCAAAAUGGUUCAAGUCGGCGUACCCAUAGAUGCCGUCAAGUUAAAAAUAUCUUUAGAGGGGCUCGAUCCUAAUGAAUUAGAUAGAAUAUUAAAGAAAUGAUACUUUUGUAACUUUGCUUGAAGGAUUGUUAUAUCUAAUAUAUUUUUACACAAUAUUUUUUAAUAUUUAUAGUCAUUAUAGUACAACGCUUAAGCUGUUAAACAGUGAAAAUAAAGAUUUAAAGAAAA